CCGCUGCCGGGCGCGGAGGGCGGCGGCCAAGCAGAAAACCUGCUCGUCCUUACUGUUGCCACCAAGCAAACGGAGGGCUUCAGACGCUUUAGAAGAUCAGCCCAGUUCUUCAACUACAAAGUCCAGGUGCUGGGAUUGGACGAGAAAUGGCAGGGUGGAGAUGAUAAGAAGCCAGCAGGAGGGGGGCAGAAGGUCCGUCUCUUGAAAUCAGCUUUAAAGGAGUAUGCAGACAAGGAAGACUUAAUCAUCCUUUUCGUAGAAAGCUAUGAUGUGCUCUUUGCAUCGGGUCCCACAGAGCUGCUGAAGAAGUUCAAACAAGCCAAGAGCAAAGUUGUUUUUUCAGCAGAGAAUUACAUCUAUCCUGACAGAAAGCUGGAAGCCAAGUACCCUCAGGUGCGAGACGGAAAGCGCUUCCUGGGCUCUGGAGGCUUCAUUGGCUAUGCUCCAAACCUGAACAAACUUGUGGAAGAGUGGAAGGGAGAAGAUGAUGACAGUGACCAGCUCUUUUAUACAACUAUCUUCUUGGAUCCGGAAAAACGGGAAAGUAUCAACAUCAGUCUAGACCACAGAAGCCGUAUCUUCCAGAACCUGAAUGGAGCUUUAGAUGAGGUGGUUCUGAAGUUUGAAAAUGCACGGGUGAGAGCAAGAAACUUGUUAUAUGACACACUGCCUGUGGUGAUUCAUGGAAAUGGACCCACCAAGCUGCAGCUGAACUACCUGGGAAACUACAUUCCUCAAAUAUGGACAUUUGAGACUGGUUGCACUGUGUGUGAUGAAGGCCUGCGAAGCCUCACAGGGUUUAAGGAUCAUGCGAUGCCACUGAUUCUGAUUGGCGUUUUCAUCGAGCAACCCACUCCAUUCCUCUCCCAGUUCUUCUUGCGGCUUCGUAACCUCCAUUACCCAAAACAGCGGAUCCAGCUCUUCAUUCACAACCAUGAACAGCAUCACUUGACACAGGUGGACUCAUUUGUUGAGGAGUACAGCAAAGAAUAUCUUGCCAUCAAAGUGAUUGGGCCAGAUGAUGAGGUGGAGAAUGCUGAAGCACGGAACUUGGGCAUGGAUUUGUGCAGAAAGGAUCCUGACUGUGAUUAUUACUUUAGUUUGGAUGCUGACAUAGUUCUGAAGAACACAGAGACUCUAAGAAUCCUGAUUGAACAGAACAAGCUGGUGAUUGCCCCACUGGUAAGUCGGCAUGAGAAGUUGUGGUCAAAUUUCUGGGGAGCGCUGAGUCCUGAUGGGUACUACGCACGCUCGGAAGAUUAUGUGGAUAUUGUUCAAAGGCGGAGGAUUGGGCUUUGGAACGUUCCCUAUAUCAGUGGCGUUUACAUGGUUAAAGCCACUGCUCUGCGAUCACAGCUUGACCAGGGAGAUCUCUUCCACAGUGGAAAGCUGGAUGCUGACAUGGCUUUCUGCCAUAAUGUUCGGAAUCAGGGAGUCUUCAUGUACCUGACAAAUCGGCAUCAGUUUGGACACAUCCUCUCUCUGGAGAAUUAUCAGACAACUCAUCUCCACAAUGACCUCUGGCAAAUAUUCAGCAAUCCUGAGGACUGGAGAGAAAAAUACAUCCAUGAAAACUACACUGCAGCUCUGAAGGGGAAAUUGGUGGAAGUGCCCUGCCCAGAUGUUUACUGGUUCCCCAUAUUCACUGAGGCUGCAUGUGAUGAACUGGUGGAAGAAAUGGAACAUUAUGGCCAGUGGUCCACGGGUGACAAUACGGACAGCAGGAUACAAGGGGGAUAUGAGAAUGUCCCGACUAUUGACAUCCACAUGAAUCAAAUUGGCUUUGAAAGAGAGUGGUAUAAGUUUCUUCUAGACUAUAUUGCACCCAUCACAGAGAAAAUGUAUCCAGGAUACUACACCAAGACUCAGUUUGAGCUGGCCUUUGUAGUUCGCUACAAACCUGAUGAGCAGCCCUCUCUAAUGCCUCAUCAUGAUGCUUCCACCUUUACCAUUAACAUUGCUCUGAACCGAGUUGGAAUAGACUACGAGGGAGGAGGCUGCCGAUUCCUGCGCUACAAUUGCUCCAUUCGAGCUCCGCGGAAAGGCUGGACCCUCAUGCAUCCAGGACGCCUGACCCACUAUCAUGAAGGCCUUCCAACCACCAAAGGGACCCGUUACAUCGCAGUGUCCUUUAUUGACCCCUAGAGCCAUGCUUCACAAGAAGCAUCUUUCCCUGGCCCCACUCACUGCUGACUUUGAGUGGAAGAAGGGAACGCUGCUGAGAGUCUCCAAGGCAUUGAUCAAAGCUAUUUGGAUAUUGAUGUUUUUAAUGAUGUUUUAAGACUCCACUACUGGAAGAUCUCCCUCUCUAAUACUGCAGGUAAUAUCUAGGAACGUUGCUGUAGAAGUUAGAAGGAGAUUUGGUGCCUUCGUUUCUGAUUCUGCUCCUCAUUCACCGUUUCUUGGAAACUUGCAAUUUACUUGAAACUUCACCGCUCGGUUGGCUUUACAGAAAUGCUUUCUUGGACUGGAAAUCCAGCUUUUUGGAGACAUGUCACAAGCUCUCUCUCUCCAAGCAGCUGGAAGCCCAUUUCCAUCCACUGCAUAUACAGGAAUGGACAGUAGAGAAUCAUUUCUGGACACUAUUCCAAAUAUCGAAUCAAUCAGGGAGCUGGCUCCAGGAGUCAUAACUCCUGUAACAGUUAAAUGUAAUACUAGAUGAAACUCAGUAGUAAGAGCCUGAAGUUCAUCUGAUUCCUUACCUCUUUGCAUUCAUUGGAAAUGUAUCAUGAAGUUCAAAGCAGCAGCAGUGGUGAUGUAGGUGCUUCGUGUUAGCUAAAGGAAAGUAGGCUUAUUAUAUUUUACCUCUGGGAUUAAGCUGAUGAGA